AUGUCGGCACCCGUACGGGCUGUUCGUCAAGUAAAGCCAGUUUUAUCAUUAUCUAAAGCUGAAGCUCAUAGAAGAGUCUUAAAUUUAUACAGAUCAUGGUACCGACAAAUACCUUAUAUUCUAUUGGAUUAUCAUAUUCCCAAGAGUGAGAAUGACUUGAGAGCCAAAAUUCGAGAAAAGUUUUACGAAAACAAAAAUGUCACCGAUAUACGUGUAAUUGAUCUUCUUGUCGUUAAGGGUCAGAUGGAGCUGAAAGAAACAUCAGAGAAAUGGAAAAACAAAGGAACUUUAAUGAACUACUUCAAUGAUACAGUCGAAAAAAAGCCUACUGGUUUUAUGGCAAAGUUUUUGAAUGGUCAAGAUUAA